AUGCCACGCGCGUCCGAUAUACUCUCACACGGUAUCCCGUAUGAGGCGAGCAACCGUGCCGUACCCAACAAAAUUGACUGGCGUGAAUCUGGUUAUGUGACGGGGGUGAAAGAUCAGGGAAACUGUGGUUCCUGUUGGGCUUUCUCAACAACCGGUACUAUGGAGGGACAGGCUGUGGAAGGUCAGUGUCGAUACAAUAGGCAGUUGGGAGUUGCCAAAGUGACUGGCUACUAUACUUUGCAUUCUGGCAAUGAGGCAGGAUUGAAAAGUUUAGUCGGUUCCGAAGGACCUGCUGCGGUCGCUGUGGAUGUUGAAUCUGACUUCAUGAUGUACAGGAGUGUGACUACUACCAAUCUGUUAGUAGUUAAAAUCUACAUGUUGAACUUUUCUGCGGUUUUCCUAUGUUAUUUGGCCGAGAGUUAA